UUUCAUUAAACUUCAAGCGGAACCUAAACGUCCUGCCUCAGAACGGCGGACUUCUAUUGGUGACGGAACGGAAGCAGUGUGAGGUUACCGAAGUGUUGCACCUGGUCAGUCUGGUAAAGUCUUUCGCGGUUUUUCUUCACUCUGAGCCGACUGCAACACAGAGAAGAUGUUGAGAAGUGCCUCAGCACAGAUCAUCAGACAGGUGGUGAGACACAGGAGCACCGACACCAGCUUCAUCCUGGAAAGAUCGAUAAACCGUGUGCAGCUCCUGGGUCGGGUUGGUCAGGACCCGGUGAUGAGACAAGUGGAAGGUCGAAACCCCGUCACCAUCUUCUCGUUGGCAACCAAUGAGAUGUGGCGCUCUGGAGCAGAGACGAGCUCAACAGGAGACAUCAGUCAGAAGACGACGUGGCAUCGUGUGUCGGUGUUCAAACCUGGUCUGAGAGACGUGGCCUACCAGUACGUCAAGAAAGGGUCAAGGAUUCUGGUGGAGGGAAAACUGGACUACGGGGAGUACGUGGACAAGAACCAAGUCAGACGUCAGGCCACCACCAUCAUCGCAGACAACAUCGUCUUCCUGAGCGACAACAUCAGAGACAGAACCUGAAGGAGCUCCGUUCUCACCCGACAGCUACACCACUUCUUUUUGUAUUUUCUCGUUUGUAAAAAUAACACUUGAGGACACCAAGUAGAGAAACUGAACCGUUCCGAUCUGCCAGAAGAUGGAGAGAAUAAACUCAUCGUGUUUGACUGCAGCACCUCCUGCUGGUGGAAGAGAAGAUGUUGAAGCUUCAGGAGGAGCAGAAAGAACAUCUGAUUAUGAGUCUGAUUGUAUUUCUACAUAAAAGCCCCUUUUUCUGUGAAGAUAAUGUCUUGAGCAGGAGUUUAAGGGAUGGAGACAUGUUUGCCCACUCAUCAUUCCUCUGAGUUUGUGACUCAAAUUUCAAAGUUUUGAAAAGUUGUAGCUCCUUUAAGAGCAGCUCAUGUUGGAAACGGUUUGUGUUUCAUUGCGUCAGGCUCCCCCACACGUCCUCCUACCAUUUCCUCACUGCAUCUUCCACUGGUGUUUUAUUUGAAAGUAAAAAAGCUGAAAAAUCCAUCAGAAAUUUCCUUUUUCAAGUCAUUUCCACCCUGUAAACUUCAGAAAUAUGUGCUCCAUGAUGGCUCCAAACUACCUCCUUCUCCUUCAGCUAAAUAAACCCAAAGCUAAGCCUGACAGAGCGUUUUCAGACGUGAUGUUUUGCUGAUAGCCCAAUAAUAUUAGUCAGGAUUUACCUCAGAAGAGCUAAACCCAGAAUCUUCCUGAAACUCAGCAGAUUUAGAAGGAGCUGAAGGUUCUGUCUUUGGUUUUAACGGGGCUGAUUCCUGCAAGCAAAGACCUGCUUAGUUCACAUCAGUACCGUAGAAUAAACUACUACAGUUUUGGCCAUUGUAAAGGUUUCUAUAAAGGGUUAUUUUUUCCAGCUUGUGCCACAAAUGUGACUUGAUUUGAUGCCAAAUGUCAGCCGCCCAUGCAAACGUCUCAUGAUUGGAGGUUCAGUUGUAGAGAAAAGUGCAGGUCACUGAAACAUUUGAAGGUAAACAGACAGACAAAAAAAGAUUGAUUUUAUUCUGUCGCAUUUUGUUUUCCUGUCUAAACCUGUGAGUUGUGCUCGUUUAACUGCAUGUUGGUUCAUGUUUUCUGCUCCGUCACUCUCCGUUAUCUCUCUCAUCUGUUUCUGUUUCCUGUCUGACAGUGACUUUCAGAUCAUUUCUCUGUAAUGUUUGCUUCAAUAGAUUGGUUCUUUUCCCAGAA